GUCUCCCUUCCUCCUGAGCGGUGCUGUCCCGGGCGUCCCGGUGUGGAGGAGGAGAGGGCGGGAAAAGCCUCAGCCGGUGCUGGCCUUCUCCUUCGCUCCCUGCCCGGCCCUGUGCCCGGCUGCCUGGCUGCGGGGAGAUGCGUGGCUUGGACCCCCUUUACCCGCUCCCAGUGCCGCCCUCUUGGGUACCGGGGGCUGCUGUCGGGAUGCUUUCCUUGCACUUCAUCCAGAAACUCCUCUUCCCCUACUUCUGGGCCGACCUGAGAUACCUGCUCAAAGUGUUGACCUAUGGGUUGAGAAUGGAGAUGUACCGGCUGCAAGGGAGGGUUGUCACCGUCCUGGACAAGUUUGUGAAGCUGGCGGAGAAGCAGCCCCAGAAACCAUUCCUCAUCUAUGAAGGGACCGUUCACACCUACAGGGACGUGGACCGGAGGAGUAACAGGAUAGCACAGGUCUUCCUGCAGUACGAGGCUCUGAAGAAGGGAGACACGGUGGCCUUGCUGAUGGGGAACGAGCCAGACUUCAUCCAUGUGUGGUUCGGACUGGCCAAGUUGGGCUGUGUGGUGGCGUUCCUCAACUUCAAUGUCCGCUACAGAUCUCUCCUGCACUGUGUCUGUAGCUGUGAGCCCAAGAUACUUGUUGUGGGAGCAGAUUUGCUUGGGACUCUGGAAGAAAUUCUUCCUAAACUUCAAAAAGAUGUUAGUGUUUGGAUAAUGGCCAAGGACUCCACAUUUCCAAGUGUGCAUACCCUUUUAGACAAAAUAGAAGCUGCAUCUGAAGACCCUGUUCCAGUUAUUCGAUGGUCUGCCAACAGCCUCAAGUCAGCUGUUUUAUACAUAUUUACUUCGGGAACAACAGGUCUUCCAAAGGCAGCAGUCAUUAGUCAUUUACAGAUUCUUAAAGGAGCUGCUGGACUGUGGGCAUUUGGUGCGACUUCAGAAGAUAUCAUUUAUAUUACUCUGCCUCUUUAUCACAGUGCAGCUUCUCUUCUUGGCAUUGGUGGAUGCAUUGAGCUGGGUGCAACAUGUGUGUUAAAAAAGAAGUUCUCAGCUAGUCAGUUUUGGAGUGACUGCAGAAGGUACAAUGUGACUGUCAUCCAGUACAUUGGAGAGCUUUGCCGUUACCUUUGCAAUCAGCCAGUGAAGGAAGGAGAAAAAAAUCACAAAGUCCGACUAGCAGUUGGAAAUGGAGUAAGAAAUGAUGUAUGGAGGGAUUUUUUAGACAGAUUUGGUGCUGUUAAGAUCUGUGAGUUCUAUGGCGCUACUGAAGGAAACAUUUGUUUCAUGAACCACACAGGAAAAAUUGGAUCUGUUGGACGCACCAAUUUCUUCUAUAAGCUUUUUUUCCCAUUUGAUUUAAUCAAGUAUGAUUUCCAAAGAGAUGAACCAAUUAGAAAUAAACAUGGUUGGUGUGAAAAAGUUAAGAAAGGCGAGGCUGGUCUUCUGAUUUCCAAAGUCAAUGCAAAAAACCCCUUCUUUGGUUAUGCUGGCAAUAAAAGACACACAGAAAAGAAAUUACUCUGUGAAGUAUUUAAGAAGGGAGAUCUUUAUUUUAAUACUGGAGACCUAAUGGUUCAAGACCAUGACAAUUUUCUGUAUUUUUGGGACAGGAUUGGCGAUACCUUCAGAUGGAAAGGGGAGAACGUUGCCACUACAGAAGUUUCUGAUGUCAUUGUGAUGUUGGACUUUAUACAAGAAGCAAAUGUGUAUGGUGUGUCUGUGCCAGAUCAUGAAGGAAAAGCAGGGAUGGCUUCUCUUACUUUAAAGCACAAUGCAUCAUUAGACUUGGAGCAAAUGUAUAAACAAGUAGUGACCUUCCUACCAAGUUAUGCUUGUCCCCUUUUCUUAAGAGUCCAGGAAAAAAUGGAAAUGACGGGAACAUUCAAACAACAAAAAUUUCGACUUGUGGAUGAAGGUUUUAAUCCAUCUACAAUUACUGAUCCUCUCUAUUUUUUAGAUAAUUCUAAGAAAGCAUAUGUCUUGUUAACCAAAGAAUUACAUGAGAUGAUCUUAUCUGGGAAAAUGAAACUUUAAUUAAUUGACCAUAUAAUAGGUUAUUAAGAGAAAGUCUAUACAAGCA